CCCUAGAUCAGAUCCCAUCGACCCCUUCCCCCAUCGCACCCCUCCUCCCUCGCCCCCAUCUCCUCGCCGCCGCCGCCACCUCCCGAUCCAGUCCUCUCCCCUCUGUUCCCACCCACCGCCGACAUCGCCAUCCUCCUCACCACCGCAGCCGACCUCGUCCCUCCCUCUCCUCACCAUCUCUCCCCACCCUAUGCCCCAGAUCGAGUCAAGCAGGUCGGCUGACGCGCUAGGGUUCCGUCCCUCCACCCCUUGCCGACGUCGAGAAGGAGACACCGCGUCGGGCGGAGGCAAUGGUGACGACAACGGCGACAUGCCUGCUGAUGGUCUGGGCGCUGGUUGCCGCCGGUCUGUUCGGCACGGGCCUCACCCGGGCAUCCGUGGCCCCGCCCGCGGUGGGUAAGGAGCAGGCGAGUUUGACUACUUCGCGCUGGCGCCGCAGUGGCCGGCCACCAUCUGCUCCUCCACCUGCCACGGCUACGCCGUCAACGGCUGCUGCCGGAACGAGCUCCGCCUCCUAUUCUCCUCUCUCCCCACCAUGGCCUCAUCGCGCGUGCAGGGGCUCUCGUUCGGGUCAGAUGGGGUCGGAGGCACUCCACACUUUCAUGAUCUACGGGCUGUGGCCGGACUACAAUGACAGGGACCUGGCCGUCGUGCUGCCGCCACACCAGCUUCGACAUGGACAAGAAUCUUGGCACUUUGCUUGUCUAUGGAUCAUCUUCCACUUGAGAGCUGGCAGGAGGUCACUAUUCCGUUGCAGCCUCAUCACUUACCUCUAGUUUUGAAUUUGUGUGAUAAAUGCUUCUGAAUUCCAAUGACAAGUGCUACUGAAAAUUUUAUGUUGUUGUUUCUUUAAUGCGCAUGUUCAUGAAUAAUCGCUUCAAUUAUUUGUUCUUAUGAAAACUUCAGUAUGCAAGUACCUAUUCCUGGUACAACAAGUACCAGUUCUUGAGCAUUUGCACAGUUUUCCUCCAAAGUAUUCUGCAUAGAGCUCUAACUAACAUUUUGAGACCUUAUAGGUUUCACAAACAAAAUAUGCACUAUCGAGACACUUGGGUAUAUAAACAAGUAGUAGUAGGAGUUCUACUGGACAACUAGUUAUUUUGUAUCUUUUCUUGUUCAAGUAUUUCUUGAGUAUCUGUUAACAAAACAACCAUAUUAGUCCUCUAAUUCAACUUAGUUCAAUACAUACUAUUUGCUGAUCUUCCACUAUAUGCAUGACUUGUCCUGUUUUCUUGCCAUCUUCCACUUCACAUUGCUUCAUGACUUUGUAGAUCUAUUUGUAUACGCCUCUACGAUGUUGAUUUAUUUUGCUUUGUUUGCAAUUUCCAACUAUGCGGAUCUGCUGCAACUUGCAAGAUUUAUAUUAUUUCUGUUCUUGUCUUGUUUCCUUCUUGAUUUGUUCAUAUAUGCAUGACUUGUCCUGUUUUCUUGCUAUCUUCAACUAUUCAGAUGUAGAUCUUUGUGAAGACUCUCACCGGGAAGACCAUCACACUUGAGGUCGAGUCCUCCGACAGAAUUGACAAUGUCAAGGCAAAGAUCCAGGACAAGGAGUGGCCCGUCCGCUGGUGCUGCUGAUCUUGCUUCGACGAACAUGCUGCCUCUUCAACAUCGGCCACAUGACAGCCAUGAACAUUCAUGCAGGCUGCUGGUGGACGUGGUGGUGAUCCCCCUGUUGAAGGAGACGAGGUGGCGCGCCUCCUGUGAGGUAGAGGAUGUGAGCUGAGCUGCUGUCUGGUUGAGGAAGAAAGUCGCUGUCUUUACUGGCAAAACAAACUGCUGCGGCAGCCAUGCUUGUGAGCUUAUGAUGUGCCUCUAGUUUAGUUUGUCGGUUUCUGUGAACCGUUCUCUGUGAUGUAUGAUGUAUUGCUGCUGUUAGCUGUAAAUGUGAUGUAUGAUGAGUUGACUUGAUGGUUCGUUUGAGGUUGUCUUGUGAAGGUUAUUGUUAGUUAACAUGAGUUAAACUAAUACUUACACUUGCUGC